CUACGACGACAAUCUUUUUCGUCCUUAUAUUCGUGAAUUUAUGGCACAAAAAAUUCACGCCAGCGGCUUUGACAACGACAUCAAAGGAGAUCAACAGAAGGAAGAGGACUUCAUCAAAGAAUGUAAGGAAAAGUUUGGAAUCAUCAUCGACAAGGAGAAAAUGAAGGUCAAUAAAGGAAAGAGGACGCAAGCCAAAUUAUGCUUAAACAACUUAUGGGGUCGUUUCUCUCUCCGUAACUUUGGAUUAUCUCAAUGUGUAGUUACGGACGACCCUGCUAUGUACAUCAAAUAUUCAAACGACCCUUCAAUUAUUAUUGAUACAGUAGAGGGACUAACUGAGGAUGUACUUCUUAUUUCAUACAGCAAAAAGAAGGAAUUUGUGGAAGAACAUGACUCAUCAAAUGUCAUCAUCUCGUUGUGGACCACAUCAGCAGCAAGAAUUCACUUGCUACACGCCAUGCAACAGGUUGUGAGAACUCCUGAUUGCAAAUUGCUUUACACCGACACCGACUCCUUAAUUUUUUCUCACCCGAUUGGCAACUGCCCUCUUCAAUUAGGUCCUCAUCUGGGUGAAUUCACAGAUGAGUACCCUGACUUCAACAUUUUGGAAUUUUGCUCUGGUGGCGCAAAGCAAUAUGGACUGAAGAUGGAAAAGAAGGAUGAGCCCAACAGUGAACCAGUCUACGUUCUCAAGGUGCGCGGUAUCACUCUCAACUGGGAUGCAAUAAUCAAUCAAGGAAUGCGGUACGAAGCUUUUAAAGAAAAGAUUUUCAAUUUUGUUAAAGGUGAUUAUGACCCUAUUACUAUUUUGUAUCCCAAUUUUUUACGUCCAUCUGUUAUAGAUGGAUCUGUUACCACUUUACCUCUUAAGAAAAAUUAUAAGCCCCACGUCGGAAAGGGAGUAAUCCGCCCUUCUGAUUUUUCUGUAUUGGACUUUGGAUUUAUCAAUUUGUAAUUUUUCCCCAAAUUAACUUGGAGUUGGAAAGUAGCCAGGGGUAUGGGCACCCAAAUUCUAUACCAACUAUCGUAUGUUGUG